CACGAAAAUGCCCUCCGGAAAAAUUCGACCAAAUUCCCGCCCCAAUCGGCCAUUGCUAGAAUUCAUCGUUGGUGGAGAGUACCCUAAGCCCGAAUCUGUGAUUUAUCGCCUUCAAAAUCCAACGAAAAUGGCAUUUCCAAAAAAUCGCCCGAAAUCGGUGAUGGUACUCCUUUGGAAUCUGGCAAAAAUUGCCCCGGAGAUUUUCCGCCCGAAUCGGUGUCUAAUAGACUUAUUCAUCCGUAAAGAAUACCCUCUGGCUGAAUCUGUGAUCUGCAGUCUUCAAAAUCUAAGGAAAAUGACAUUCCGAAAAAAUCGCCUAAAAAUCACGAAAAUGCCCUCCGGAAAAAUUCGACCAAAUUCCCGACCCAAUCGGCCAUUGCUAGAAUUCAUCGUUGGUGGAGAGUACCCUAAGCCCGACUCUGUGAUUUAUCGCCUUCAAAAUCCAACGAAAAUGGCAUUUCCAAAAAAUCGCCCGAAAUCGGUGAUGGUACCCCUUUGGAAUCUGGCAAAAAUUGCCCCGGAGAUUUUCCGCCCGAAUCGGUGUCUAAUAGACUUAUUCAUCCGUAAAGAAUACCCUCUGGCUGAAUCUGUGAUAUGCAGUCUUCAAAAUCUAAGGAAAAUGACAUUUCGAAUUUUUUUCUUACUUUUAAUUACAUUUUGGUACCUCGAACUUCUAAAAACACCACAAACAAUAUGAAUUCAAUAAAUAUCAUCUCAAACUUAAAAGCCACAGUUGACUACUCUAUUACUACGUCGAUCUACAAAUUGCACACUAAGUCCACUAUGAAUCGCUAGAUAAUGCACGACCUCCUCAAAAAUGCCUCUCAACCGAUUAUCACGGGUGUCAGCCCAAUUGAUCUUCUCAAUUACCACUUUGGCAUCACUAUCAAAUCUUGUCUCCGUAAAUCUCGUCUCCGCCCGAUUGAUCUUCCAAUGAUGCCUGCCAUUUAUUGCUCUCGCAAAGUUCCUUACUUGGUACUCUCAGCAUGUUUGUUACCUGCAUACAGUGUGUAAUGAGAUUCUAGUUGCUGCAAAUAAAGUUCCGAAUUUCAAUAUUCAAAUCUCCAGCUAAAACGUCCCAACAGAUAAUCAAUCAACAGAAACAACUCCCCAACUGAAAAGCUGCAUUAUACAGAUCCUCCAUUAUGUGAUGGUUGGCUGGUAGUAGGGACAACCGAACUCGCAGCUCAAGUUAUCAGAACAUGGCAUUUCUUUUUGCACAUGAAAGACAGGUGAAGAGAGGCAGCACCAUCUUCAGGCUGCAACGUCUCUAAACAUGAAAGCUUGCAUCUUUUUUUACCUUUGUAUGAUGCUGACACAACACCUCUUUGCAUUAUACAAAACUUGGUCUAGGAUCUGUGUGGAUGCUGCAUAUCGAGCUUCCACGCACAAUAUGUAGUCUACUCUUUGUAGACAUAACCACACUUGGUGAACUACGUAAAUCUUGUGUCCUGUAAUUCUCGUUUCGUAUGUAUAUGUUUAGAGUAUUCUGCAACUCCAAGCAAAUACGAACAGCCGAUUCAUAAUCAUAAUGUCAUUUCUUUCCAUCUCUUUGCAUUCACGUAGUAGUAGUACUACUACCCUCCACCUUCCCUAACUAUGACAAUCGAUCCCAUGACGAUUUCGAUCUUUUUCGAGGCACUAUAAAAAACCAGACCUCCCUCCCUCCACUUCUCAAUCCAUCCAACGAAAAUUCUCAUUUCCAAACUCCAAUAUUAUCCUCCGCACUCUUACUACUACUACUACUACAUUGCUCUUCUCCAGCUUCCUACCCAUCAAACAUGAUGAAAAAACAGAGCACUCUGUUUUCCGCCGCAGCAUUCCUCUGCCUCCUCCUCCUCUGCCUCACGAAGACCACAGCAGGACAAUCCCCUGCAUCAUCUCCAGCACAAUCCGCCACAGCAGCACCACCAGCAUCCACCCCGGCAGCAACCCAACUCCCAGCCCCCGCCGGACCAACUAACGUCACCAAAAUCCUCGAAAAAGCCGGCCACUUCAACACCUUCAUCCACCUCCUCCGAUCCACACAGGAGGACAGCCACCUCCUCACCCUCCUCAACAACUCCAACAACGGCGCCACCAUCUUCGCCCCGUCGGACUCCGCCUUCUCCUCCCUCAAAUCCGGCACCCUCAACUCCCUCUCCGACGAGGCCAAAUCCGAGCUCGUCAAGUUCCACGUCGUUCCCACUUUCCUCUCCUCCGCCCAAUUCCAGACCGUCAGCAACCCGAUCGCCACCGAGGCCGGAUCCAGCGGCCGCGUGUCGUUCAAUCUGACCGCGUACUCCGAUUCGGUCAACAUCACCACGGGGCUCACCAACACCAGCGUCGCCGGGAAUGUGUACGCCGACAAUCAGCUGGCGGUUUACAGGGUGGACAAGGUGUUGCUCCCCGUAGAUAUCUUUGCCGCCAAGCCUCUUGCUCCUGCUCCGACUCCCGCGGCGGCCGAGAAACCCAAGAAGAAGAAGGGGGCUCCGGCCGGCGAGGGGGAGGAGGCCGCCCCCGUUGUUCAGGUGGGUACGUCGGCGGCGCCUGCCGGGAUUUUGGGAAUUUGGAGCGUUAAGGUGACUACGGCUUGUGUGCUUGUUCUAGCUUAUACUUAUGGCGGCUAAUUGAAUCUCUGAGCGAUGCAGUUCUUGGGGUUUGAGGUUUUGAUCUGUUAGAAAUAUCUUGCUAUUUGGUUUCUGGAAUUCGUUCCGCCGGCGUGCUCAUGGUAGAUUUAGAGAGUGUGCAUUUGAAUAAAUGGGUGUCCUAUGCUUCAUAUCGUUUCUUGGAUGUUUAAUUGAGUGUAAUAUGUCAUAUCGGAUUAUCGGUGUAAGAUUUAUUGACCUGAUUUGUAUAACUAUGAAGAAGAGGGAUUUUUAUGGCUAUUAUUUGUUGUCAUGAUUGUGUGAAAAGGGCAUUUUCCCCCUAGAUAGUAGAUGGCAGGGAGGAGUUACGGUGGUUACUUAGGGUUAAUAAUCACCGAGGUUACUAGAGAUAAAAAAAGUUACUUUGCUAUUAUUAUAACUAGUUGGUGCCCGGCCCUUGGCCGGAAUAGUUUUUGUCUCCUUUUCCUUUAUAAAAAAUGAUUAACAUUGAAAAUGCCAUCUUUUGACGUACAUUUUCACAUUUUGAAUAAUUUCAAUUGAAUUAC